CCAAGACUGAGACCAAGACCAAGACCACUGAGGAGGAGAGCUCAGAAACCGAGAGCAAUGUGCACCACGGGGCCUUUAGAAAUCACGACGCUCAAGCUUCACUGUGAGAAGAACAACAGGGAGCAUCACACCAGCGACAUCAGCGUGAGCCGCCUGAUACUGCGUCGCGGCCAGCGCUUUGAACUGACAUUCCUCACCACGCGACCUGUCUUUGAGGAAACCGACACGGUGCUCCUCAUUGUUGAAACGGGGCCUUCACCCUCCGAGUCUAAGGGCACGCGCAGCGUGUUUGGUUUUCCGUUGCGUGUCGGCGGGAAGGGAAAGUGGAAGGUCCAGCUGUUGGAGAGCUCCUCGUCUUCCUUCACCAUGGGGAUCACCAGCCCCGCAGACGCCUGCGUGGGCUCCUACAAGCUCUCCAUCAGGUUGGGAUCGGAGAACGCCAUCCCCCAAACACUCGCAAGCCUGCUGCUCCUGUUCAACCCCUGGUGUGCAGAGGACUGGGUGCACCUCCCUCGAGAGGAUGAGAGGCAGGAGUAUGUGAUGGCAGAGCAGGGUGACAUCUAUAGAGGUACUCACCACUACAUGAGCUCCAUGGACUGGAGUUACGGGCAGUUCGAGGAGGAUAUCCUGGACAUCUGCUUAAAGCUGCUGGACAUGAACCCCAAGUGUCUGAGGGACGCUGAGGAGGACUUUUCUGCCCGCUGCAACCCCAUCUACGUAGGGAGGGUGGUCAGCGCUAUGAUCAAUGCCAACGGUGACCGCGGCGUACUGGCUGGCAAAUGGCAGGCGCCGUACACGGGCGGCGUGGCCCCGACGCACUGGGACGACAGCGUGGACAUCCUGCGCCACUGGCGCGACUCCAACUACUCCCCCGUCAAGUACGGCCAGUGCUGGGUGUACGCAGCGGUCAUGUGCACAGUUAUGAGGUGUUUGGGAAUCCCAUGCCGUGUGGUCACCAACUUCCAGUCUGCCCAUGACACCGAUAAAAACCUGACCAUCGACAAAUACUAUUCCGACGACGGUGUGCAGCCCAAAGAGGGUCACGACAGUGUGUGGAACUUCCACGUGUGGGUCGAGGCGUGGAUGAAGCGUCCAGACCUCGCUGCAGGGUCUACAUAUGAUGGCUGGCAGGUGCUGGACCCCACCCCACAGGAGAAGAGUACAGGGGUGUUCUGCUGUGGUCCCACUCCUGUGAAGGCUAUUCUGGAGGGACACACUGACAUGAAGUACGACGUGGGGUUCGUCUUCGCCGAAGUCAACGCUGAUCAGGUCACCUGGCUGCUGCAGGCUAACGGCUCCAAAUCUCGUCUCUACACUGACACCAGAUCAGUGGGCAAGAACAUCAGCACCAAAGCUGUGGGCAGAGACAGACGAGAGGACAUCACAGCCAACUACAAAUACCCAGAGGGCCUUCAGAGGGAGAGGCAGGUGUUUGAGGAGGCUGUGCGCCGCGGCAACAACACCACCCCCCGUUGUGGCGGCGCCCUGCGCCCUCCGACCCCGGUUACCCAGGUGACGCAGACGACCCUGAGGCCCUCGCAGGUGACGCUGCAGAUCGCGCAGACGAGCGUGCCGAUCGACGGCAAGGACGUGGAGAUGAGCCUGUCGCUGCGUAGCGACCACGCGUCGCCACGGGAACUGAGCGUGCGCCUGGUGGCCCAGGCCAUGAGGUUCACAGGUGUGGCCGACAGCCAGGUGUGGAGCGCCACCGAGAACGUCACGCUGCAGCCCAGGAGAGAGCAUAAGAUUCCCAUUCGGAUUCCGUAUCACAUGUACGGUGCUAAGAUGCUGGACAACAGCAGUCUGAAGAUCUCUGCGGUGGUGCGGGACAAGCAGCGUCCAGGGGAGGUCUACUUCACUGACGAGGACUUCGCCCUCGAGAGCCCCAAACUCACCAUUGAAACCAAGGGGAGCUGUGAGCAGUACAGUGAGAUGACAGCCACGAUCACGUUCCACAACGAGUUGUCCGUCCCCCUCAAAAACUGCGUCAUCUCUGUCGGGGGCAGCGGGCUACUUAAUGUUACAACAGAUGUCAGAGUUUCCGAUGUGGCUCCAGGUGAGAUCCUGCGUGUGCCGAUGCGUUUCACCCCUUACCGCGUUGGCUUCAGGAAGCUGGUGGCAGACUUUGACUGCAACGUCUUCAGGGACAUCAAGGCCCACUGCUACUUGAACAUCAAACCACGCCAGGAAACCUCGUGGUGUGGAGUCGUUCCCAACAGUCCAUUCUAUGACCUGCCAGUGGUGCGCCACUAUGCCCCAUACCCCUUGAUGCCAACGAUGAUGGCCAUGACGCUCGAUGAUGACAUAGUCCUUGGAGCACCUCGGUAUUGAGAUGAAGAUCGACACACCAUGUGGAUAAACUGGCUUGAAGUGUUAAACGCAUGGAUAUAGCCGAGGUGGAGCUGUAUACACACAUGGCUGUCUGUGUCUGUCUGUGUUGCGUUGAUCUGAAGAGUUUAAUGCAGUUCUUUAAAGGUGCUCUAAGGGAUGUCCAGCAAUUAUCCAAAACGAAAACAUUUUUUUGUCACAUAAAGCAAACGUUCCCAUUCGCUAGCUGUAUGUGCCCUAAAUACACGGUAAAAAAAACCCCACUGUCUCUGUGGACAGCCCCAGGCUCCAAAAACGGCAACAAAUCUAACUUGGUCCAGCCUGGAUCAUAAAAACAUAACAAACUGUUCUAGCCAAUCACUGAGGAGAUGUGCGUUUAGGAGAGUUUCAAUUGGAUGGUGGGGGGAGUGAGCUACUGUAGCUCUCUGGUUUGUCUGAAUGUCAACUGAAGUCACGCUACCCAACAUCGCUUAGAGCACCUUUAAGCUUAAAGAGCUUAUAAUUUUAUUUAUAUAUAUAUAUAUAUAUAUAUAUAUAUAUAUAUAUAAAUAUAUAAUUGCAAUAUUUUAAGUAAUCUUUGUAAUCACAGUUUUGACAAUGACGAUGAUGUUGAUAUAGUGUGGAUAGUGUGGGUCCUACCGUCUUUCUGGGGGAUUUGUGGGAUACAGGUAUUCUUUAUGAGUAAGUUGUAACUGUAAUUCACACCUAAAGAGGAGGUUGGAAAAGUAUAUGCUUGGUGGGUUGAAGUACAUGAUGUUGUGUGGUCAAAGACUAUCGAAUAGUUUUUUUCUAGAUUGUUUCUGUGUCUUCCUUUCUGUGAUUCCUUUGGUGAAUUACGAGUAGGGCAAUAAAUAUACAAU